UCCACCGGGAAGGACAAGGGGACUGGGCAAGGGGACCCCGGCCAGUGAGCGCCCGUGCCCCGGGGCCGCCCUUGGCACGCGCUCUCUCGCCUCGAGCCCGGGGCCGGUGUCGCCUCACAUGGUAUUGGCCGCAGCCAUGAGCCAGGACGCGGAUCCCAGCGGCCCCGAGCAACCCGACAGAGAUGCCCGCAGCGUGCCGGGUGCUCCGGCGCCCCCCGCGCCCCUCGCGCCCCCGGGACCGAGAGGGAUGCAGCCGCCGCCGCCGCCGCCAGCCAGCCUACCGCAGAUCAUCCAAAAUGCCGCCAAGCUCCUGGACAAGAACCCCUUCUCGGUCAGUAACCCGAACCCUCUGCUGCCUUCACCUGCCAGCCUCCAGCUGGCUCAGCUGCAAGCCCAGCUCACCCUCCACCGGCUGAAGCUGGCGCAGACGGCCGUCACCAGCAACACCGCAGCCGCCACAGUCCUGAACCAAGUCCUCUCCAAAGUGGCCAUGUCCCAGCCUCUCUUCAACCAGCUGAGGCAUCCGUCUGUGAUCAGCAGCCCCCACAGCCACACUGGGGCGCCCCAACACGCGGCGACCAUGCCCAGUGCUCGGUUUCCCUCGAAUGCAAUUGCCUUCUCACCCCCCGGCCAGACACGAGGCCCAGGACCCUCCGUGAGCCUUCCCAGCCAACCCCCCAACACCGUGGUGAUGCAUCCUUUCAGUGGGGUCAUGCCUCAGACCCCUGCCCAGCCAGCAGUCAUCUUGGGCAUUGGCAAGACAGGGCCUGCUCCUGCUGCAGCAGGAUUCUACGAGUAUGGCAAAGCCAACUCCAGCCAGGCAUACGGCUCCGAAACAGACAGUCAGCCCAGCUUCCUGCCAGCCACGGCCUCUACCACGGGCAGUGUGACCUAUGAAGGGCACUACAGCCACUCAGGGCAAGAUGGCCAAGCUGCCUUUCCCAAGGACUUCUACGGACCCAACUCCCAAGGGUCGCAUGCGGCAGGUGGAUUUGCGGCUGAGCAGGCCGGGGGCAUGAAAGGCGAGGUAGGUCCGCUGCUGCAGGGUCCAAACAGCCAGUGGGAGAGCCCCCACGGAUUCUCUGGCCAAAGCAAGCCCGAUCUUACAGCAGCCCCUAACCUGUGGCCUCCACCCCCCAGCCAGCCCUAUGAGCUAUAUGACCCCGAGGAACCCACCCCAGACAGGACCCCUCCUUCCUUUGGGGGUCGGCUAAACAACAGCAAACAGGGUUUCAGCGGUGCCCGGCGGCGGGCCAAGGAGGAGCAGACUAUGCUGUCCGUGCGGCCCCUGCAGGCUCACGAGCUGAAUGACUUUCACGGUGUGGCCCCCCUGCACCUGCCACACGUCUGUAGCAUCUGCAACAAGAAGGUGUUUGAUUUGAAGGACUGGGAGCUGCAUGUGAAAGGGAAACUACAUGCUCAGAAAUGCCUGGUCUUCUCUGAAAACGCUGGUAUCCGGUGUAUACUUGGUUCGGCAGAGGGAACGCUGUGUGCCUCUCCCAACAGCACAGCCAUUUAUAACCCUGCUGGGAACUCUGAAGAUUAUGCCUCAAAUCUUGGAUCAUCAUAUGCGGCCAUUCCAGCAAGGUCAUGUGCUCAGGCAAAUCCUGCAUUUCCUUCAGCUUCCCCUGGGACAAAUUUUGCACAACGGAAAACUGGUGCCGGCCGCGUGGUGCACAUCUGCAAUCUCCCUGAAGGAAGCUGCACAGAGAAUGACGUCAUUAACCUGGGGCUGCCCUUUGGAAAGGUCACUAAUUACAUCCUCAUGAAGUCUACUAAUCAGAAACCUGGGAAAACUGUGGCUGCCAUCAUCCAGGACAUGCAUUCCCAGAGGGAGAGGGACAUGUUCCGGGAAGCGGACAGAUAUGGCCCAGAAAGGCCACGGUCUCGCAGUCCGGUGAGCCGGUCACUAUCCCCGAGGUCCCACACUCCGAGCUUCACCUCCUGCAGCUCUUCCCACAGCCCUCUAGGCCCCACCCGGGCCGACUGGGGCAACAGCCGGGACUCGUGGGAGCACUCGCCCUAUGCCAGGAGGGAGGAAGAGCGAGACCCAGGCCCCUGGAGGGAGAACGGGGAGGACAAGAGGGACAGGGCAGACAUGUGGACGCACGAUCGCAAACACUACCCCUGGCAACUGGACAAAGCUGAGUUAGAGGAGCGGCUCGAAGGAGGGAGGGGCCACCGAGAAAAGCACCUGAGGACCGGGUCCCCCAGCCCCCUCCACUCUGCAUCAGGCUACAAAAGCCGAGAAGACGGCUACUACCGGAAGGAGCCCAAAGGUAAAUCAGACAAGUACAUAAAGCAGCAGCAAGAUGCUCCCGGCAGGUCCAGGAGGAAAGAGGAGGCCAGAAUGCGGGAGAGCAGACAUCCCCACCCUGAGGACUCAGGCAAGGAAGACGGGCUGGAGCCGAAGGUCACUAGUGCCCCUGAGAGCACCAAGUCUAAGCAGAGUGAGAAAAACAGAACCAAGAGACCCGAUAGAGACCAAGAAGUUGCUGAUAAUAGAAGAGAAAGGAGGAUGGCGGGGAAUGAGGCUGGAAGAGAGGGGCAGGAGCGCAUGGAAGAAAGCACCUCAUCGCCGGCCAGGCAGGAGAAAGAAACAGUGUCCUCAGAUGCAGAAGACGCAAGGACAAAGAAGGAGCAGGAGUGGGAGAGUGGAAGUGAGGCAGAAGGGGAGAGCUGGUAUCCCACCAACAUGGAGGAGCUGGUUACAGUGGACGAGGUUGGGGAGGAGGAAGAUUUUAUUAUGGAACCAGACAUCCCAGAACUGGAAGAAAUUGUGCCCAUUGGCCAGAAGGACAAAAUCUGCCCAGAAAUAUAUCCCUGUGUGACGACCACCUUAGACCUGGACGUAGCCAAGGAUUUCACCAAUGAGGGAGUGAAGCCCGAAGGGAAUGGGGCUACGGAAAUCAGCCUCAAGUCACCCAAAGACCUGCCUUCUGCUUCCACAAGCUGUCCCAGUGACAUGGACGUGGAAAUGCCUGGCCUAAAUCUGGACGCUGAGUGGAAGCCAGCUGAGCGUAAGACAGGCCUUUCACUGGAGGGUUCAGAUUGCUACGAGAAGCAGGCAGAGGGAGGGGAGAACUCCGAUGUGCGCCUGGCCCCUCCACUCCAGCAGCAAAUGUCUUCCCCCAAGCCAGCAGAAGAGGGGGCACGGCAGCCUAGCCCACCUCCCGAUGACUGCAAGGCCAGGAGGACCCCUGAAGACGGGGCUUGUGAAGGCAGCCCCCUGGAGGGGAAAGCCAGCCCUCGCACCGACUCCAACCUCCAAGGCCAGGCUCGCCAAGGAGUAUCGACCCGGGAAAGCUCCAGGUACAUGGAAAUGAAAUCUCUGGACGUGAGGUCACCGGAAUACACCGAGGCGGAGCUGAAGCAACCCCUCUCUUUGCCUUCCUGGGAACCAGAAGAUGUGUUCAGUGAGCUUAGCAUUCCUCUAGGGGUGGAGUUCGUGGUGCCCAGGACUGGGUUUUACUGCAAGCUGUGUGGGCUGUUCUACACGAGCGAGGAGAUGGCCAAGAUAAGCCACUGUCGCAGUGCUAUCCACUACAGGAACUUACAGAAGUAUUUGUCGCAGCUGGCCGCCGAGGAGGGCCUGAAGGAGACGGAGGGAGCCGGCAGCCCCAGGCCUGAGGAGGGCGGAAUCGUGCCGCACUUUGAGAGGAAGAAUCUCUGAUGCCCCGGCCGCUGCUGGAAGCCGGGAGAGGAGGGCCUUCCGGUGCGGCCUUCCUGACCUCGGGGACAGAAGCUAAAGCCAGAGAGGAAGGAAAACCAGGCAGGCCAUGUUGCCUCGGCUUGUUCUCAGAGGCUCGUGGAAACGCCCUUGAGGUGUCUCCCCAGUGAAGCUGUCACCUGAC